AUGGCCGAGCACGGUGGCGAGCACCCGGGCCGGGAAGAAACGCCUGCCGCCGAACACAACGACUCUGGAUCCGAGGAAGGCAAUACUUGGUACUUCAGUGUCAACGACGAUAUGGAUGACGACGACGAUGAGGACUACGAGGAUGCACCGGAUGAGCUGGAAGCAGACAUCUUUGAAGAUGACCCCAGAAACGUCGAAUUUCAAGUCGUUUUCGGUAACGAUGACGAUGAAGAGAUUGACCUCGACGAGGACGAUGAUGAGGAUGACGAUGAGGAAGAGGACGAUGAUGAGGAGGAAGACGCACAGCACGCAGCUGCCGAAGUCGGCAACCAAUCUGCUCUUCGCAUCUUGGGUCUACUAAGAGCUGGUCACCGCACCGGUCUAGUCACAAGAGCGCAAGUUCUGGCUCUGCUCAGAAACGGCGAACUCGGCCGUGGCCUCAUCGAUGAGGAUGACGAAGAGGACCUGGAAAGUCUCUUUGGCCAGUGGGGUAGACGCAACCGCCGCCCGCCCAAGGACCCUAAUCGCUUCCCAAAAGUACCAAGCGACGAGGGCAGGAAGCUCAUGCAGUCUGGCACCUUUGGCUCCAGCAACGGAGCCGUUCGCCGAGAUAGUAGCAAGAGGAUAGCAAGGCGCAUGCUUGAACGAGAACUCGGCAUCGGAGAUCGACGACAACGCACGCGCAACACUGACUUGAUAGCACAGUCCCUCGUCCCGUCCACCAAAGUUGAGCAAAUCAUACACUACGACGACCCCAUUUACUCGGGCCAGUUUUCUGACGAUGGAAACUUUUUCUUUUCCGUCUGCCAAGACUUCAGAGUCCGCAUGUAUGACACCUCGAAUCCGUACAGGUGGCAGCAUUACAAAACGGUCAACUAUCCCGGCGGCCAGUGGACGCUGACCGAUGCCUCGCUGAGCCCAGACAACAAAUGGUUGGCAUACACUUCCAUUGACAGUCUAGUCGCGAUUGCUCCGACAGACCCGAGCGAUCGCGGCGACCCCUAUGUCCUGAACCUGGCAGAAGGCACCCGACGAGUGAAUGGCUGGGGCAUGCGCCGGGGCGGCUUCGGUAUCUGGUCUGUCCGAUUUUCUGGCGAUGGCAGAGAGCUUGUGGCCGGCACAAACGCGCACUCUUUAGUUGUCUACGAUAUCGAAUCUCGACAAGUCCUUCAUCACGUCGAAGGCCAUGACGAUGACGUCAACGCCGUGUGCUUUGCCGAUAAAUCGUCUCCCCAUAUUCUCUACUCCGGAUCCGACGAUGCCACCAUCAAAGUCUGGGACAGGAGAAGCAUGGGUGACGGCCGCGAAGUCGGCGCCUUUGUCGGACACAUUGAGGGCUUGACAUACCUGGACAGCAAAGGCGACGGACGAUAUAUCCUAAGCAACGGCAAGGACCAGAGCAUGAAGCUUUGGGACCUCCGCAUGGCCAUGUCCACCGAGCGCUUCCACGACAUGGGCCGCACUCGCUACGGCCAUUCGAGCGGUUUUGACUACAGAAAUGAGAUGUACGACGACAGCGACUGGGAUGUUCACCCCCACGAUAAUUCACUAGUGACUUUCCGCGGCCACAAGGUGCUACGAACACUCAUUCGAUGCCACUUUUCGCCGCCGUCAGCCACCAACUCUCGCUACGUGUAUUCCGGCAGUGCUGAUGGAAAGGUAUACGUCUACAACAUGGACGCAACCAUUGCGCGCAUCAUUGAUGUAAAGGAGGCUACGAAUGGCACACGUCGUCUUGACCGCCGCACGCGAUUGUAUUUCGAUGAGCCAGGCGGCUGGGGCACCUGUGUUCGAGACGCCAGCUGGAACCCCAAUGCCCCUGUCAUAGUCGCAUCGGCAUGGAACGGAUAUAGCAUGGCCCGCGGCACAUGUACAGUACACUCUUUCAACGAGGCGGAUGAGGAUGAGGGUGAGCCAGAAAUGGGGCAGAGCGUUGACGACAUGCUCAACGACAACCCCAACUUCUAUCCAUCGGGAUAUUAG